AUGAAUCAAGAAAAGCCACAGCUGGCACUGCUGAUCAGCAGUGUGCUGCUUCUGGCGAUCUGCGCGUCGGGGAUCGUCGGCAACGUGAUGGUGGUCCUGGCGGUGCUCACGACCAAACACAUGAGGACUCCGACCAACUGCUACCUGGUGAGUCUGGCGGUGGCCGAUCUGAUGGUGCUGACCGCAGCCGGCUUGCCGGCGUUCACCGACAGCAUCUUCGGGUCGUGGGUGUUCGGCUACUACGGCUGCCUCGGCAUCACCUACUUCCAGUACCUCGGGAUCAACGCGUCCUCGUGCUCCAUCACCGCGUUCACCAUAGAGAGGUACAUCGCCAUCUGUCACCCGAUCAAAGCGCAGUUCCUGUGCACGCUGUCCCGGGCCAAAAAGAUCAUUCUGGUGGUGUGGGCGUUCACGUCUCUGUACUGCGUGAUGUGGUUCUACCUGUCGGACCUCCAGCAGCUGGUGUAUGACAACGUCACCAUCAUCGCGUGCGGGUACAGGGUCCCCAGGAAGUUAUACGUGCCGGUUUACUUCUUUGACUUCGCCGUCUUCUUCGUGGUUCCGCUGCUGCUCUCCGCGGUCCUGUACGGACUCAUCGGCCGGAUCCUCUUCCUCAACCCGCUGCCCUCCGACCCCAAGGACAAGAAGAAGAAGAAGACGAAGAAGAACGCGCCGAGCAACGGCGCCAACGACACGAGGAACAGCUGCAGGAACUCGCGUCACUCCAGGUCCACGGCGACCUCGCGCCGACAGGUGGGUGCCACGUGCGUCCGUCUUAAAACAAGGGAAUCAAAGACGAGUACAAAUAUGAGGACCAUUUUUUUAACUUAAAAAUGAAGGUUUAAAAAAUAUAUGAAGAUUAUCAGAGAAUAAAUGCUGUUCACACAUGACACCAAUACCGCUCCAAUGCCUAUGCAGCACUGUAAAAGAGCCCACUUCCCUUUAAUUAUGUAAAAAAGAUUUGCAUUCUGCAUCUACAGCAAAUCAGAAAAAUUAAACCUAUGUAUAAUUGCUUUGGUGUUUUUGAUACAGAUAUGAUGAUUGCUGGGUAUGUGUGUUGAUGACGUUCCAAUUGAGUCAUUAUCCAAAUCUGCAAAGACUGACAAAGGAACAAGCUGGGCACUGAGCAGUCCUGCCCAAA